AUCAAGGGCUGUUGACGUUCGUUCGUAGAGUACGUACUAGUGUGGCGCAGCGCGAGGGUCGUAGUGAUUUUCUUCCUGCCAGUGAAUAACGUUUUCGUGCUCGAUUUAUCGCGGAAGAAAUCGUGGGAGUGUGACGAUAUACGAUAUUAUACGCAUAUAUAGACUUACGUGAUUAUCAUAAGUGCAGAAGCGAUCGAAUUAGAGGAAACAAAGUGGAACAGUGUGAAGCGUAAUGCCGUCAGUGGCUAAGUAAUUGUUCGAAAUGGGAUUUUUUUUAUUGAAGGUGAAUGAAUCCGUAGUCCACCGUCUGUGAGAUCGCAUUGAAGAACGACGGACCGAGUACGCGAGUUCAAGGAUACUAAACAAGGGUGCGUGAGUGCGGUGGGGGUGGUGAACGUACAAAGUACACAAACUGUGGCAACAGUGCCAAGAUAAGUGGCAGGCAGGCAGGUAGACAGGCAGAGCACCGUCGAGGAAGGGAAAUGCUUUCCUUUCUCCUUUUUUCACCAUCGUAAAUGUCUCAUCAGCUUUUGUGUACUCGGGCACUAGCGGGAUCGAGAAACAGCAGACGUCAGCGGCCGCUGCCGUUCGAGGUAGCACAAAGUGGUAACUGGUUACUCUGUGAGGCGCUUGCAAUCACCGGAGAAGGUAAAACCAGCUGAAGCCUAUCGCAUUCGCACGCAUAACUCUCGCGUCGCGCCGCGCCGACCGACGAUCAGUCAGAACAAAGCGAGCGAAGCACAUAUCUUGGGGGCUAGUGAUUUCCAAUCCAAUAGAAGAAGAAACGAAAAAUGGCAGAUUUCGAUGCGAUCUACGAGGAGCAGGAACUGGCCGAAUCGGAAGACCUCGAGGAGGCCCACGUUCAGAUGGUGCCGGAUCCGAUUGUCAUACGGGGAGCAGGAAAUAUGACAGUUUUCGGCCUCAGUAAUCGGUUCAACGUGCAAUUUCCAGCCGGUCUGGUGUCGCGCGUCGCUCCCGAGGAAUUCAAGGCGACCAUCUUGCGUAUCAACGCGGUCCUCAAGAAGACGCUUCCAGUCAACGUGAAGUGGCUGUUUUGCGGCUGCGUGUGCUGCUGCUGCACACUCGGAUGUUCCCUAUGGCCUGUGAUAUGUUUAAGUAAGAGGACUCAGCACACACUAAACAAAUUGCUCGAGUGGGAGAAUAGUCAUUUGUAUCAUAAGCUCGGUUUGCACUGGCGGCUCAGCAAACAGCAGUGCGAUUCCAACUCGAUGAUGGAGUACGUCCUGUUGAUAGAGUUCAUACCGAAGACGCCCAUCUAUCGUCCGGAUUAGACAGGCUCAGUCGUCAUUUUGGUAUACUAGUUUUGAGCUACAAUAAUAAAUAUCGAUAGCUGUUAUUUUGGAAGGCAAAGGCAAACUUUUAUAUAGCCGAUUGUUUAGCUAGUUGAGAACUGUUUUUGUCGGUAGGUUUUAGUUUAUUAGAAUUUGUUCCACGAGAAGCUAACGCUAGCUAAACAAAUUCGUUAUUUUUCAAGCAAAAUAAAACUAUUGAUUGACAAGUUGUCGUGUACAAACGUUCGUAGAAAUUGCCUGUGAGAAUAGAGUUCAUGUGCUUUUCUACAUGAAGUGGAGACACAUGUGUAGAUUAUUGUAAAGCAUACUAUAGAGAGUGAUGGCAAACUGUUGUGCGGACUGCUAUCCGUACAAAAAAAAAGUAAGUAUGGAAAAUAUUUUCACGACAAAGCCAGCCAGUUGAUGCAGCAGUUUUGAAUGGGAAAGGCUAACUAAAAAUUAAAUAACCACUCAAGUGAUCUUAGACCAAGCAGCAGCGAGAGAAAAAUUAUUGUGCGUUAAAUCUAACGCCGGUGACAGUCUUUUCCAGAAGAAACUCAAAAUGCAAUGAAAAAUGAAAACAGAAAGUUGUGAAAAAUACACACACACAUACAUGCAUACAUACAGACAAGUUACACAAAUUCAUCCCAAGAAUAAGCAGUCAUUGUAUAGUGUAUAGAGAUUUGUUUAGCACGUAAGGCGAAUUGAGUAAUAAAACGUAAA